CCUUGUCCCAGCAUGCCUUGCGUAUGUGUGGGUCUGCUCCUUUACUGUCAGCCGAACGAUGAACCGGUCACCAAAGAGAGAAGUGAUCGUGAUGAGAAGCGGCGGUGAGUUUGCCGCUUAAGUGGAGGGGAGAGCGUUUGCUGGCGGAGAGAGGCUUUUCCAUACCAAGAGAGAACCAGAAGGGGGGAAAAUGUCUGACGAAAUCAGCGAGAAGCUGAAGAACUACAGGACUGCUCCAUUUGAUGCCCGCUUCCCCAACACCAACCAGACCCGCAACUGUUACCAGAACUAUCUGGACUUCCAUAGAUGUAACAAAGCUCUUUUGGCCAAAGACCAGGACACAGCUCCCUGUGAGUGGUACCGCCGGGUGUACAAGAGCCUCUGUCCCGUUGGCUGGGUUCAUAAAUGGGAUGACCAGCUGGAAGCAGGAACUUUUGCAGGGAAGAUUUGACAGCCCAUUCCUCAUGAUUUAUUUUCUCAUCUUAAAAUCUUAGUUAUACAUUCCUAUAUUUAUGUACAAAAGCAG